CGAGAGUAGACAAUGCAUAGAUGAUACUAAAUUGAUCGCAAGAAUUCUUUUUGGAAAACAUAAUAUAACUAGUAAAGUAUACAAAAAAAAUUUCAAAAAUUUAUGAAAAUGUUUAAGCCCGCAUCGCGGGCAAAACACCUAGUUAAUAUAAUAAUUAACACAUACUAAGAUACAGCUAAUAUAUUAAGUAUCAAAAUAAUGUAAUAUCAAUGAUGAUAAUAAUGUUAAGCUAGAUUGGGUUUCCAACCUAAAAUGCUAAGCGGAGUGGCCCAUCCAUCUUAUAUAUUGCUAAGGAGCAUCAAUCUCGGAGUGUUCAGGCAAGGAUUGAUGGGACGACUUUGGGCUGGAUCGAUAAUGGAUCGGAUUGGACUGCAUGGAUCGGGCUCUGAUACUAUGUUAAACUAGAUGAGCUUACAACCUAAAACCAAUUGUGCUAAGUGUAGUGGCCCAUUCAUUUUAUAUAUUGCUAAGGAUCCCUUCCAAUAUCUGAUGUGGGAUAUUUAUUAAUAGGAACAAGGCCAAUUUUUUUUUUUUUUGGUUUCAUUGUUGCAUGAAUUCAAACACAGCUGGUUAACACUGCUCUAUCAAUGAUUCGUAAAACAGCCUUUUGCAUACAAUUGGUUCGUCGUGCAGAAUUUUAUUGACAAGAUGCGUGUAAAAGCCUCUAUAGCCUACAAGUGUAUAACCAAUAAGACAUGAAAGCAUCAUUCAUUCUUUUCUCUGCUUUUGCAUAAGAUUCUAUCAUGAAACCACAACAACUCUUAUUUUCUUUCACAACUCAUUUACUACAUUGUCUACUGAAUUGCUAUACAUGUUUUUCAUCAAUUAAUUAUUACGUAAACAAUACUGCCUUCAUUCAAAUCAUGAGAUGAAUUUCAACAAUGUAAUCUUAGGGUUAUAUUUUCAAUAUUUUUUUCUAAAAGUGUUGCAGUUUUUUAGUUGAUGAUGUCCAAACUGCGCAAUGCAUCUGCUAUGAAUAUGAUUGAUCUAAGGAUCACAUUAUAAUCACUGGGACUUGUGUUGGGUUUGGACACAGGAAUGCAUCAUAUGGGUGAAGCAUGAUGAACAAGUGGAUGGUAAGCGAAUUUUUAUCUACACGUACCCACAACACCCGUAGGCAGUAGAUAUCUUGCAUGUUAUAGACCCCUUCCCCCACCUUUAUAUAAUAUAACACAAAUAUUAACAAAGUAACCAAUAGUCUUGUAACCAUGAGUAUAGGCAUGAGACCAAGACAAGCGAAGUUAAUAGUCAGCUUUAUGUUUUGGGGUUUUCUGGUGUUGUCAAGUGCAACAGAAGAUCUGGUGGUGAUAACUCAGUGUAAGAACCAAUGCAAACAUGAUCUCCACAACAUGAAAGAAUGUGAAGAUAGGUGCCACAAAAAGAUGAUGAUGAUGAUGGACCAACGAUGGCCACAGAGAAGAGGUUUUGAUGGCGUUGACGAUGAAGCUCUGCAGACAAAAUGCAACAGGAAAUGCACUUCUUCUUACACACCCCGUAAAAGAUGCAUAUCUCAAUGCUUCAGGUCCAUGGUUGGGAAGAAGAUCAUGGACAACGAGGUAAUCUGCGAGUCAUCGUGCACCAUCCUUCAAGAGAAACCGCUCAUUGUAAGAUGCACCAGGGUUUGCCAGGAGAGUACUCCCGGAGCUGUUGGCUUAGUUCUACUUGAGAAAGAGAAUCUCUAGUGAGAUACUAAGUAAUAAAUGCUUUUGUGUAACGAUCCAAAUAAAACUAAAAGUAUUAACA